UUACAUGAUUGUGCAGCAAAUUCAGUUUGCAACAAAGCGUUGACAAGACAACAUCAUGAAACUGGUCGUCACAUUGCUAAUCAGUUUAGCAGCUGGGGCAUUUUCGGUGAAGGCUGAAUACAGUAAAAAGCGGGUAGAAGAAGUUCUGAAUGUUGGUAAGCAAUGCAAGCAGGAGCUCUCGAUUCCCGAAGAGGACAAUGUGAUUGAACGUGCAUUAACCCGGAACGAUAUGAGAUACAUGCUCUGCUUUUAUUCCAAGUUCAACAUGCUCGACGCAAACGAUAAUAUUGUCGUUGAUAAGGUUGUCGACUUUAUGGUGGAACAGUACGCCAAACAGGUGAUUCGUCCUGUAGUCACUAGGUGUGCCAAACAGGGUGAUCCCUCCGUGUACGAUCGUCUGUGGAAAUUCUACCAGUGCAUCAGUACCGAUAAGAGCUGGUAGUAAAAGAACCUAGGACUUAAAUUUUAAGGAAUAAGGAUAUCUCAAAAAAAAAAAUUCUAAAAUUCCUAAUAAACAAAACUGUCUAACAGUAAAUUCGAAACCCAAUUUAUUAUUCC